AAUUGCGGUCACAUUUGGACGACUGUCAGCUUUUACCACAACUUUUAGUAGGGAAUCGAUUUUCGAUGUAUAAUUGCUACUGUGAAAGAAUCAAUCCGAAAAUUUAAAGUGAUAUAGGAAGUGUCAGUGAAAAAUGAUACGAGUUUAUCCAGCAUAAUAUAUCGAAAAAUCCAUUAGCAUGGUUUAGAAAAAUUCGUAUGUUGAUGAAAAAAUGGCGCCGUCUAUUGUUAACCUCUUCAAGAGGAGCGCGGGCGAAGAAAAUGUAAACACUUCUCUUUCCACAACAACCACAACAUCAGAAGCUCCUAAGGUCAAUCCAGUUGAAGUGGUUCCAACAACCACGACAACAACUACUACUGUCACUAUACCAACCACCACUACUCUGGAAACAACCACCGUAGCAGCGAAGAAUGAAACUGGAAUUCUGAAAAAAACGGAAAAUGUCAUACUAUCUGGAGCAGACUUUGUUGGCGAAAAAACAGGUCUCGACACUUGGAUGGUAGUGUCCAUAGGGAUAGCUGUAUGUGCCAUUAUUCUUGGGAUCUGUUUCUGCUGUAUAAGAAGAUGCUUCAGGAAAAGAAGAGCAAAAGAUGCCAAAGGCAAGGGGAUGAAGGGGGUGGAUCUAAAAUCGGUACAGCUAUUGGGCUCAUCUUACAAGGAAAAGGUACAACCUGAUAUGGACGAGUUAACUGAAAACGCGGAAGAACCCGAUGAAGGAGAAAAACCUGAGGUUCAAAAACUGGGAAAACUUCAAUAUAAGCUCGAAUAUGACUUCAAUCAGAACAGUUUAUCCGUAACUGUGAUACAAGCAGAAGAAUUGCCUGCCCUGGAUAUGGGAGGUACUUCCGAUCCAUAUGUGAAGGUGUAUCUUCUUCCUGACAAGAAGAAGAAAUUCGAGACGAAAGUCCACAGGAAAACCUUGAAUCCAGUAUUCAACGAAACUUUCUGCUUCAAGAGUAUCCCAUACGCUGACGCCAUGAACAAAACCCUUGUUUUCGCCAUUUUCGAUUUCGAUCGUUUCUCCAAACACGACCAGAUAGGGGAGGUAAAGGUGCCAUUGUGCACUAUCGACUUAGCCCAAACCAUCGAGGAAUGGAGGGAAUUGCAAAGCGUCGAAGGAGAAGGUGGACAGGAAAACAAGCUCGGCGAUAUAUGCUUCUCUUUGAGAUACGUUCCGACAGCCGGAAAACUCACUGUCGUCAUCCUGGAAGCUAAGAACCUGAAGAAGAUGGACGUUGGAGGCUUAUCGGAUCCCUAUGUAAAAAUUGCUUUGAUGCAAAACGGAAAGAGGCUCAAGAAGAAAAAGACCAGUAUUAAGAAAUGCACCCUCAACCCAUAUUACAAUGAAUCAUUCACCUUCGAAGUACCAUUUGAACAGAUACAGAAAGUGAACUUGGUUGUGACUGUUGUCGACUACGACAGAAUUGGUACGUCUGAACCCAUAGGAAAAGUUGUGCUGGGAUAUAAUGCAAGUGGUACAGAACUGAGGCACUGGUCUGACAUGUUAGCUUCCCCUCGUAGGCCUAUAGCUCAGUGGCAUACUCUGAAGGAUCCGGAAGAUGAGAAGAAAGAUUAAACAGUCCAAACUCAGCCUACUCUUAUUUGCAGGUCAUCGUGUCGAACCUCUACCAGCUUUGAACUUAUCAUCUUUAUGACUUGCCUACCUAUAUAUCUUAUAAAUUAUAGGUGUAAUCCCCGUGAGCAUUUUUAUUAUUGUUUUUGUUUUUUAAAUUCGUGCUUCAGAUACAUGUAACAUGUAAGAACAGUAGAUCAAAUUGUUAUGAUUGAAAGAAGUAUACUGUUCAUAAAUAUCUCAUUCUUUCGUUAACGAUAAUUUCAAAACGAAUCCCCGAAAGCUAUUUAAUUCCUAGCUUCUUUUGAACCUUAUCAAAAAUUCGUUUGCUAGAAAACCCAUGUGUUAAUAUUUAAUGGUGAUUUGUUUUUUAUCAAUCAAUAGUCUUUGGAAUCAUCAAUAAAUAAUUUUGAAUGAUUUUGAGUGACAUACUUUUCCAAAUUUUCAAAGUUUAUUUAUCACAGAUCCAAACUAAGCCCUGUAUAUAGAAAAUGUUUAUUUUUCUCAGUGAUAUGUAUAUUAUUGUAUGUAAUGUAGAAAACUGACUUUCAUUGUUAAUUUGGUCUGAAGCCUUCAACACCUUAGAAAAUGACAAUAGCAUGUAGGUUUAAGAAAAUACUCGAUAAUGCGCUAUUGAUAAAAAAUUUCGAAGCACAAGUUAUCUUCGGAAAUUCCUGAGAUUUCAGGAAUACUUUUACCCUGUUUUAGUUAGAUUCUCGUUAGAAAAACGAAUAGAAUGAAUUUUUGUUGAAUGAAAAUUAUGGUCUUCUGUUAGGGAAUCAAUAAUAAACUUGUUAACUUGAAUAUUUGAAAGAAAAAUCGAAAUAAUUUUCAGGAAUUGUCGAAAAAUUCGAAUGAAUGAACAAAUUUCUUUACAAAGCGAAAACAUAUGGCUCAAAAACUUGUAAGCUUCAUGGAAUAUAUAGAUCAGCUUCCAUAGAACUAAAGUCUUUUCAGAUUCAAAAAAUUCAUUCAUUUGAAUUGAAGGUACUCAAUACUGAUAUUCAUAAUCUUCCUUUUGUACAUAAUUAUUAAUUAUUAUAUUAUAUAUAGUGUUUUGUUGUAUAUUAUAUAUUCUUGUUGAAAUUUGGUAGCCCCUUAAUGUUAUCUACAUAAUUAGUCCUGUUCUAUCAUCAUUACCAUAUUGGGCCCAAAUGUGAAAAUAUACUCAAAUACUAGGUGAACAAACUAAAUUAUUUGCACAUUGUAGAUAUUGAAUCAUAUCUUUCUGUUGAUUUUAUUGAGAGGUCUUAAUUUCAGAAUAUUAUAACCUGAAAUAUAAAUAAAUACAAUAAUGGAAACAUUCCAUAUCCAUUAUAUACUUGAAUGAUCGAAAAGUAUAGCACUAGCUUGAGAUUAUGAAGAUGGCAAUAUAUAGGAUGUAUAAAGUAGAGGUGUAACAUGAAUGUUAAAUUAAAUGAAUUUUUGUUAACUUCCUACUUUUGAUCAGGCUUAAUACUACAUAUUUCUUAUGGAUUUGGCACUGUGAAAAGAUGAUCAUACGUAUAUAGUUUAUUCUCAUCAUUAUGACGAACAAUAAGCAACCAUUACAUAUAUUGUGAAAAAGCAAAAUGGCAAAAUUUGCUGUUGUUGAGUAGACAAAAUAAAUCAUAUCACUGGUCUUGUUGA